CUUCUCCUUUAUAUAUACGAAAUCAACCACUAGAGGCAAACGUGAAGCCUUGCUUUCCCAUGGAAAACCACCAACCUUUCUUCCCCAUUUCAUCAUCCAACAUGGCGAGAUCCGUCGUUUUCAACAAUUUUAUGGGCGAUGCUACUUCGAAUGGGUUAUUGGGGUUGAAGAUAGAGAACAAUAAUAAUAACCAUUUCCUUGAUCCAACAAAAGAAGUUAACAAUAAUUCUUCCGAUCAUCAGAGUGGCUGCAGCUCUCUAGGUCAUGAGCUGGUCAAGCCAACAAACAAAAAGAAGGGAGAGACGAAGAAGAUUAGAAAACCUAGAUAUGCAUUUCAAACCAGGAGUCAGGUUGACAUACUCGACGACGGCUAUCGAUGGAGGAAAUAUGGACAAAAGGCUGUCAAGAACAACAAAUUCCCAAGAAGCUACUAUCGAUGCACUCAUCAAGGAUGCAAUGUAAAGAAGCAAGUCCAACGGCUAAGCAACGAUGAAGGCAUUGUAGUGACUACAUAUGAAGGUGUCCAUACCCAUUCCAUUGACAAGCCUACAGACAACUUUGAACAUAUCCUCAGUCAGAUGCAAAUUUACCCUACUCCCUACUGAAGCAUGCAGCUAUAUAUCUACUAUACUAUACCAUACUAUAUAUAUAUAUAUAUAUAUACAACAUCAUAACAUAAUAUAUAUUUGUAAUAUAUACAGAUACUUCAAUUUUAGUUAUGGCUUGAAGAUGCAUGGGUUUGGCAAACAA